UUAGUUUAGUAAUCAAGUAAUCAAUCUGUGGUGGAUCUGUGUUGUGAGUGCGAUACUGUGUGUAAUUUUUAUUUUUUAAGUAUUUCCCUAAUUAUAAAUGAAAUCCUAGAACGUAUGGAAUACAUUAACUGGCAUUAACUAUGGGAGUAAUGUAGCUACGGUUGAGUAUUUCCAAUAGAACCCACAACUACUGCGUUAAUAUGGCGUUGAGCGCUGUAGCGGAAGAGUAUUUUCGGUCCAUGAAUCCAAUAGCAUCCAAAAUUCAUGAAGACAUCACAGAGGCUAAAAAUGCGUAUGAAAAUAUUUGGGAUACACUUACUGAAAAUGAAAAGGCAGAAAUAAUAAACGAGUCCAUAAUCAAACCUGAGAUAGUUUUAAAAUAUGCUUUGCUGGACUCAUUAGAUUUCGAUAUAAAUGAUCCACCUGUUCGUAAAGACAAUUUGAUGUCAUUCUUUGGUCGCGAACACGGUUUGCGAAUCAUUCAAGAUGAGAACACAUCUUACAGAGAUGAACACUCUGCACCUUUCCUCUACCAGACCAAGAGCCAACUCAACUUGUGUGUGUUGAGCGAACACAGAGUAUCCAAAGAUGUUAAAUGUACAUCUCCACCGCCGAUUAUGACCGAGCUAGCUCUCUCCCACUCUAAAGUAGUGAAUGAACUGAAAAAUGCACUCAAAUCUCAUGAAUUGAAGAGCACUUACAAAGAGAAAGACUCUCAUGACAGAGAUGUUAUAUCGCCUACAGGUUUCAUAAGUAAAUUCAUGGGUAAUUUCAAGGCUAAAGAUGAAGAGAGAGAGUGUUUAGUGCCAAUACUGCCCCCUACACAAAUUGUGGCGUCUUCCGAGAACUUCUUCAGAACAAAUUUCAAGAGUCCACAGAAUGAGAGCAAGUUUGAUAAAGAUUAUAGGAGCAGUGUGGCGAAAUCCAGCAGUGAUCUCUCAGAAGAGAAUCGCGGCCUCCUUUCUUCAAGUCAGGCCUCGUCGGGAACGGAUUUCCAAUCCACGGAGACUUUGACGGACUCCACAAACCUACCAAAGACUGGAUACGAUUUCUUAGAUAAUUGGUAACAUAUUGUAGAGAAUCUCAUAAUUCUUACCCGCGCAACGAGGAACAAUCUUGAAGGCUAAAUUUAAAAAAAAAACACAAAACUUACCAGUAGUUAUUCCUGCUUUACAACUAAAUAUAUCAUACAGACAAAAGAAAAUAAACAUAGAGAAUAAAGUUCGUCUAGACUUGUAUUUCGGUAAGCUUGAUGCGCGCCAAGAGAUUUAUCUACAUUGCUCUCUUUAGUCUGAGCUCGAUGUUUUUAAAGUAAAACUUACUUUGCUUGAGGAGUAACUUGGCGUUACGAAAAUUGUAAUCGGGCGAUGCGUGCUGCCAUCUACAGGCAUAGUGAAACAGUGUUUAUUUGAAUCUACCAAUAGAUGGCGUUUUUAGAGAACUUUGAAACAAACCCUUUUUCCAACCAAACUUUGAAACAUUUCAAGAACCUGUUGCGAUGCAGCUAUGCCUGAGGUUUCAUAUUGAGCUUUUUUAUUUAUGAAAGAAGUUUUACUAGUCAUAUGCUCACAUCACACUCGUUUUUUUAACAUCUCAAGCGUUUUAGCGAACAAAGAGCGAUAGUUUCGUAACAUUUUCGUUCUCAUAUGUCAAAUCUCAACGAAAGAGAGCGAUAUGUUUACAUAUAGACAAAGUUGUCUCGUUGUCUUGUGAUCUUGAAAAAAUAUCUUAUCAUAGGCGCACUGGAGGUUGCUUCUGUAAGACAACCCCAAGUUUGCUGUAAUACUUCGAGUACAGAUGAAACUAGGAAUAUUGUGAAAAAACACAAAAUCGGUGACAGUUCCUCUGUUGCAUAGGUAAAUUUAUCUAUUAGGUUUACUUUCAGAUACUCAGUGUAACAAGAUGUGCUAGUAGUUGUUGUAUGUGUUCAUGCGGUCUUUGAUUUUAUGUGGAAGGCCAAAUCGAAAAAAAUUAAAAUAUACUCGAAUUUUGGGCACUAAAACUGUACCAUUAAUUUUAGUUAUAUUAUGUUUUACAAAAAAUAUUUUUACAUAAAACCCAAUUUUACAAAAAUCGAGUUAAUUUUAUGAUAAAAUAAAUUGUUUUUAUUUGUACCAACAAGUGACACUUACUCGUUUAUGGAACAAAUUCUGUGAAUUAUGCUACCACUGAAAUUAGUACUUACUCAAAUAUUUAUUCAACUAUGCUUUGGUUAUUUUACACUAAAAGUAUCAUAUACCUAAUUUUUUUUUGAACAUUGAAGGAAAGGGUGAGAACUGAGAAGUAAUUAAAAUUCUAUUUAUAUCAUACAAUAGACAACAGAAGUUAAUAUUUUAAGAGGUACAACCCAUAGACAAGUCAAAUAGAAUGCUAAAUUCCUAAAAAAAAGGUGGAAAGUUCUAUUAUAAUGGACAUUACUUAUUUUAAAACUCCAGUUUGAAUUUAUACUUGCAUGCUCUCAAAUAUAAAUGCAUUUAUUUUCGUUUAUUUAUAGUAUUAUCAUAGUCAUUAUUAUUUAAUCUAUGUGCUAUUUUUUUUUUAUGUAAAUUUUGUAAUAAUGAAAAUAAAACUUUUAUUCAAACAAA